AUGGACGAAUCGAUCAUUGAUAAGGCUCUAGACCUGGGGGUGACUUACUUCAGAAAUGAGAAUUACGUGAAGGCUAGAGACCUAUUCCGCAAGGCGUUGGAGUUGGCAAUGUCGUAUGGUGACGAAGAGUUAACUCAAUUGCGGGCUAAGCAUGGUCUCCGAAAAUAUACCAUUCCAGAACCUGAUAAGGAUUCCCGAAUUCAUCAUCCCAAGUACGUGAGGUUGCUGGAUAAUAUGUCGGCGACGUAUGAGAAGCUUGGAGACUUGAAGAAGGCUCUGUCGUACGCUACAAAAAUGGUUGAAGUUGAUCCUUACAAUUUAAAAUGCUACAUUAGACUUGGCAAAAUACUUCAGAAGCAGGUGAGGGACAAGCAGGCUUACGAGACGUAUAAAUUGGGUUUACGAAGAACGAAGGAAGCUCAUGAAAGCUACUCUUGGGAAGUUUCGCAGAAACUGAUUGAGAUUGCCAAGCAACAAAAGAUUGCGAUAAAAAGAAGACUAGGUGAUUCAAUAAAAGAAAAUUCACCUGCUGUUACAGAAAGUAAGCAUUUGAUAGACCCGAUUGAAGAACGCAAUAGGUUAAUAAAGAAAGCAAGACGACAGUCGCCAGAUCUUCCUCAUAAUAAUCAGGAACAAAGAAAAGAUUUUGUGCUCGAUUUGCCACCUGAGCUUCUUAUCUUGGUGCUUUGUGAUUUUACUGCAAAAGAAUUGUUCCGUGUAACGUUGGCGUGUAAAUCAUGGAGAAAGAGAUUAUUGUCAUUUCCACAAUUAUUCCAGAGAUUCAUAUUGAACUCUUGUACCCAUCGACAGCUUGUGAAGUUCUGUGAUUUCAUAGAGCGACUGUCGCCAAUGCUAACGCCAAGGUAUCACUCAUUGGAGCUUUUAAGGUUCUCUCCUAAGUUCGCAAGAGAUGAACUAAAAUCUGUUGAGAUUAUUUUCUCCAGAAUGCGGAAGAUUGAAGUUCAGAAACUUAUUCUUUCGGUACCGAAUUGCUCCACUUCCCAUCUAGCAAAAAUAAUGGCUUCCAAUGUUCAGCUUUGUAAAGCCUUAACAAGCCUUUCGAUGAUCUUAGCAUUCAGAGCCGAUAAACCAUAUGAAGUUGAAAUGCUAUCUCAGUGCGAGAAUUUGAGACGGCUAGAAGUUUUAGUCAAUAGUUCUGUGGUGCCUGUUAAUCAAGGCUUUGUCAGAACUUCAAGCUUCAUAGAGCCGAAGAUGUUACCGACAUGGGCCGGGAACCUCGAAACCUUCAGUUUGACCUGCGAUCAAAACAAAGUUAAGGGAUUUCCUUUUAUGACUUUGGUUCUGCAUUUUCCAGUGAAUCACUUAUCAAAGCUGUUCAUUAGUGGUGUAACUUUCGCACUGGAGACUCCUCAGUUUGACUGGCUAGCCAACUUUAGAUUUUUGAAGGAAUUAUGGUUCGAGAACAACCGAUUUGCUGAAUUUUCAGCUUUUAUAAGAUUACUGCGAGACUAUCCAUUGAGUGAUCGUCUGGAAAAACUGACUUUCAGAGAAGACUCUAUAGGAACGCGGGUCGACCUUGAGGAAAUUUCAGAGGGUUUUUUCUAUAAGCAUAACUUCCAAAGCUUGCGAGAGAUUGACUUAAUGGGUUCCUCCAUUAGUGGGCUGGGUCUAACUAGGAUGGUAUCUUACCUUGAACCUAACAAACUUCGAAAAUUCAAUUUUGGUGACUGCCCUCACGUCAAAUUCCAGCGAGUGCAAGUACCAAACGAAUCGAUGUCACUGUCGCCUUACGACUUCCUCAGAUCCUUGCCUCACUUGGAAUCGUUGUUUAUGCCGCAGUGUGCGGCUUUGACUGAUGAUACGAUGAGUUUGAUGACAGAAUCAGUUGACUACUUAAACGAUCUGAAGAGCCUUGACGUAUCUUUAAAUUCAUCUCUCACCGGUGCUUCUCUUUACGAGUUUUUGAAGGCUCUUAGAGAUGUUCGAUCGGCGCCUUUGGAAUAUCUCAACAUCGAUGGAUGUGCUUCGAUUUCUCAUAUUACUGUCAAUAUGCUUAGAAGUCAGUCACUUGUAAAGAAACUCGAUUGUGUUUAUGAAAGAGAAAUGUGGAGGCGAUUUGGCAUAAACUCUUUUAAGUAUCAAUCAUAG